UCUUGGUCUGGGAGUGCGGCCUGCGCUGUGAGUUUGGUAUUAGUGCUGCUCGUGCAACGUGUGUUGGAAGAACCGGCAUUCGGCACCAGGAGGGUCACUGUCACCAUGAAGACGUCCAUGACAGCCAGUGAGAUCCGGCAGAAGUUUAUUGACUUCUUUAAGGAAAAUGGCCACACAUAUGUCCACUCUUCAGCCACUAUCCCCCUGGAUGAUCCCACACUGCUCUUUGCCAAUGCCGGCAUGAACCAGUUCAAACCUAUUUUCCUGAACACUAUUGAUCCUUCCCACCCUAUGGCAAAACUGACUCGAGCAGCCAACACCCAGAAAUGCAUCCGUGCUGGAGGCAAACACAAUGACCUUGAUGAUGUGGGCAAAGAUGUUUAUCACCACACUUUCUUUGAGAUGUUGGGAUCCUGGUCCUUUGGGGACUAUUUCAAGGAGUUAGCCUGUAAGCUGGCGCUAGAUCUUCUCACCAAGGAAUUUGGCAUUGACAUUGAUCGAUUGUAUGUUACAUACUUCGGAGGCAACGAGGAUGCUGGACUUGAGCCGGACUUGGAAUGCAAACAGAUUUGGUUGAAUUUGGGGUUACCUGAGAGUCGAAUCCUACCAGGAAGCAUGAAGGAUAACUUUUGGGAGAUGGGUGACACUGGCCCCUGUGGCCCAUGUAGUGAGAUUCACUAUGACCGCAUUGGUGGACGUGAUGCUGCACAUCUGGUGAACAUGGAUGACCCUAAUGUGCUGGAGAUCUGGAAUCUUGUGUUCAUUCAAUUUAACAGAGAAAACGAGAGCACACUGAAACCUUUGCCCAAGAAGAGCAUUGAUACUGGUAUGGGGCUGGAGCGGCUGGUGUCUGUCCUGCAGAACAAAAUGUCCAACUAUGACACAGAUCUAUUUAUUCCAUAUUUUGAAGCUAUUCAAAAGGGCACAGGUGCCAGGCCCUAUACAGGAAAGGUGGGUGCUGAGGAUGUGGAUGGAAUAGAUAUGGCUUACAGAGUGCUUGCAGAUCAUGCCAGGACCAUCACUGUUGCACUUGCUGAUGGAGGGAGACCAGACAACACCGGUCGGGGAUAUGUUCUUCGCCGUAUUCUUCGCCGUGCUGUGAGGUACUCUCAUGAGAAACUCAAUGCAUCAAAAGGCUUUUUUGCCACUCUGGUCGAUGUUGUCGUCCAAUCACUGGGGGAUGCUUUCCCAGAGCUUAAGAAAGACCCUGACAUGGUAAAAGAUAUUAUCAAUGAGGAAGAGACACAGUUCUUGAAAACCCUUAGCAGGGGUCGGCGUAUUCUAGACCGAAAGAUACAGAGUCUAGGAGAGAGCAAGACCAUCCCAGGGGAUACAGCAUGGCUGCUGUAUGACACCUAUGGUUUUCCAGUUGAUCUCACUGGUCUGAUUGCUGAGGAAAGGGGGCUCACAAUUGAUAUGGAGAGUUUUGAAGAAGAGAGGAAAGCAGCUCAGCUUAAGUCUCAAGGAAAGGGAGCCGGUGAUGAGGAUCUUCUGAUGCUGGACAUCUAUGCUAUUGAAGAAUUGCGGUCUCGAGGGCUAGAAGCCACAGAUGACUCUCCAAAAUACAACUAUACAUCCAACUCUGAUGGAGUCUAUGAAUUUAAAGGCUUGGAGGCAACAGUGCAAGCAAUUCGUAUGGAAAAGAAGUUUGUGGAAGAGGCUAGCUCAGGGCAGGAAUGUGGCCUUGUGUUGGACAAGACCUGUUUCUAUGCAGAACAAGGAGGACAGACUUAUGAUGAGGGUUACAUGGUCCGAGAGGAUGAAAGCAGCGAGGAUAAAACAGAAUUUACUGUAAGAAAUACUCAGGUGCGUGGAGGCUAUGUGUUACACGUGGGUACUCUGUAUGGGAGCCUUAAAGUUGGCGAUCGUGUGCGGCUGUAUGUAGAUGAGGCAAGAAGGCGUCCUAUAAUGAGCAACCACACAGCUACCCACAUCCUUAACUUUGCCCUACGCUCAGUGCUUGGGGAGGCUGAUCAGAGAGGCUCCCUUGUUGCCCCAGACAGACUGAGAUUUGACUUCACAGCAAAAGGUGCAAUGAGCACUCAGGAAAUUCGCAAGACUGAAGAGAUUGCCAGCAAACUGAUCCAAGAGCACAAGGUUGUCUAUGCUCUCGAUUGCCCUCUUGCAGCAGCCAAGGCAAUUCAGGGGCUGCGUGCUGUGUUUGAUGAGACCUACCCAGAUCCUGUGCGUGUGGUGUCUGUUGGUAUUCCAGUCACUGAUCUCCUAGCUGAUCCUUCUGGACCUGCAGGUUCUGUGACAUCCGUGGAGUUCUGUGGUGGAACGCAUUUGCAGAAUUCUGGACAUGCUGGGCCAUUUGUCAUUGUCUCUGAAGAAGCCAUUGCCAAAGGGAUUCGUCGAAUUGUUGCUGUCACAGGCGCAGAGGCUCAAAAGGCUAUACGCAAACAUGAAGCCUUGAAACUUUCCCUGUCUGUACUGGAAGACAAAGUGAAGCAGCAGACUUCUCCUAACAAGGAUGUGCAAAAGGAAAUUGCUGACCUUGGUGAGACUUUCGCUACAGCGGUCAUUUCCCAGUGGCAGAAGGAUGUGCUGAGGGAGGAACUCAAGGCCCUGAAAAAAACCAUGGAUGAUUUAGACCGUGCAUACAAGACUGAUAUCCAAAAACGGGUACUAGAGAAGACAAAGCAACUGAUAGAAGAACAUCCAAACCAGCCCUUCGUUGUACUGGAGAUGGAAAACGGAGCUUCUGCAAAGGCUCUGAAUGAAUCUUUGAAGCUUCUAAAGUCCCAGUCUCCACAGACUGCAGCCAUCAUUUUCUCUGUAGAUAAUGAUGCAGGAAAGAUCACCUGCUUAUGUCAAGUCCCACAGGAGACUGCAGACAAAGGUUUGAAGGCAAAUGAGUGGGUGCAACAAGUGUCCGACCUUAUGGAUGGAAAGGGAGGUGGGAAGGAAACCUCUGCACAGGCCACUGGAAGAAAUGUUGAAUGUCUGUCUGAGGUGCUGAGACUUGCACAGGACUUUGCAAAUCUUAAACUGGAUUCUACAAAAAACUGAAUCUUAAACCAAUCUCAUCAGUCUUCUUACUAAUCCUCCAGAGGUGCCAGCCAUUCACUGCAUAGCAGUAAAGGAUUUACUUAUUACUUGAAGAAACUCUAACAUUGAAUAGGAGUAGCUGUCAUUCCUGACAAGUUCUCCCCUACUCCUGUCCAAGCAAGAUGCAUAAAGGGAUUAUUUCUUGUUAACAUGUUGUGGAUAUUAGCUGUAACAUCAUGUGGUGAUAUGUGAUAAAUAGUAAAGUAAAGCAUCUGAUAAGGACUGAGACGGAUUAACUCCUUAGUACAAAAAGAACCUGAAAUGUUGUACUUUGUCACUCUUAAUAGUAAUGUUUUUUUUUUAUAGACAUGCCUGUAACCACUGGAGUCUGGUAUUGUUUAUUCCAUUGUCAUGCCUGCUGCCUCCUAGGUAUUAAACUGAUGCAUCCGUCACUUAGAAUUGUAAGGCUGGGAUGUAGCUGCUAACAUUCCCUGCACUGCCUAGCAAAGCAAGGGUUAACAAUUUAGGGUCCCAGGAAACCUGUUACUGCAAACAAAACUCAACUGAUUAACUGUUUAAUUUUAUAGAUAAUAAUUUGUUAUUAAACAUCAUAAAUGCACAGUGUUCAAUACAAAUAAAUCUGGUACAAAGAAACACAAAA